GCAAGGCAUCUACAACUCUGUCCACGGGUGGCCCUGGCGCCACACGGACAAAUGGAUCAGCAUCGAAGAAGUUGAACCUGCCUGGUUUCAGAUGUUCGGAGGCAAAAAUCUUCCGGAGGAUGCCAUCCCCAGAGCAAGAGCAAGGUUUGAUGCUGCGAAGUUUCAGGAGAUGAGUCCAGAUCUGCCCUUCCCUUGCAGUGAAACAAACUGCAGCACCUUCCACCCCAAUCGACAUGGCUUUUGCCACAAGCAUCGCUUCCAUCGUUUUGGAAGGAAACUAUCCGCUGCAGUAGUGAGAACCUUGGGCUGGUCGGAGUUGGUCCUCCUUCUCACCAUUCAAGCAGCGGCAGAGAUCCAAAGCAGAUUUUUGCUUUUGGUGAUUUUAGUGUCGUUGCUUCCAGUGACCUGCAUUUUUCUCGAGGAAAGCACUGGCAUGUCAGCAGCUUCUAUUUGCGUCACAUUCCUGGUCGUUUCCGUUGGCACUUGUUUGUACACCGCCAAGCGCUUGGAUGGCAUGCAACAGAGCGUCUUCAACAUGGCGCUUGCCACUGAAGCCAGCUACUUUCAAGUGCUGCAGCCUACGGCAGAAACCAGCGACAAUUUGGUGCAGGUGUCGACCAUACUGAGGAGCCAUUCAGACAGCUCAUCGCAAGAGCUGCUACAGACCGAACAAGACUUAGAGAGCAAUUAUCAGCUAGCCAAAUGUCACAUGAAUCUUUUUCAGACUGUUGUUUGUGAACCACUUGCAAACACAGGACUAGAAGUUAUUGCUAAGAUCAAAUCCCUUACAGAGCUGGACAAGAGGGAAGGAGGCGCGGAUAUUUUGUUUUGCGAAGUCUGGUGUGACAGUCUGCAGGAAGUCCAAGAUGCGUGGGACAUGCUGAAAGACUUGGAUGGUGUGGAAAUCGUCUCUGCUCGUGAUUUUUUCGCAGUUGCAUCUUACAAAAAAAACUGUAAAGUUGUGGUGUCUCUCCAGGGUUACUUGACCACAGUUGUUUUGCUGGAGAAAUCUCUGAGUUCUUGGGAGGCUCAGAAAGGCCUCUCUGACGCAGCGGAUUCUCUAGGUCUUUUAGACAAGACCAAGGCAUCAGCUUGGGAAGUUUCUCGGCUCCAACGUGAUGCUACGGUCCCCAGGUGCGUGUUUGCGGCCACGGCCCUCCUGCGACUGGUGGCACUUUUCUCGUGUUACGUCAUUGGCGGACGGAUUGGCGUCCCUGAUGAUGACUGGGGUCACAGCAUGAACUGGUCCCUAUUUUUUGGUCUGGAUACCCAUGGCUCUGAAGCCUUGUGGGCCAGCAGCGCUGUCAGCUGCUUCAUCGUGCUUCUUUUGUGUAACAUCCUCUUCCCAGCCAUGAUUCUUGUGAUACCGAACUAUGUCUUUAGCCGUGUCGGUGCAGCUUUGCUCGAUGCAGUUUUGGAUGUCGGCUACAUGGUGACCUCGAUCUGGCUAUACGUUGUCUUUGCCACAAAUUAUUUGACCGACAUUUUUUUGAGCAGUUUCUUAAAUUACAUGUCAAUCUACAUCUGCGUCGCACAUGUGUUGUGCGUGUGUCGAUCUUUGGAGACUGCAGAUUGGAUCGCGCUUUUCCAAGUCCCGCGUGCUCCCCCCACCGGCAAAGCCUGGAAGAGAAUUCUUUUCUCCACGGCAUAUGUGGCUUUUGUUUCUAUUCUGCUUGGGGGCAUUGUCCUUGGUGCCUUCACGAGUCAUGAUGGGCUGUGUCCCCCUUGCCAAUGCGCAGCUGUCGCCCCAACAUCGCUUCUACUCGAACGCUGCGUGAUUCCCAUUGGCUAUGUUGCGCAGGGUGCUCCUGACAUGCUUGAGUUCAACUUGACGAAUCGGAACAUCACAAAAGUUCUGCCAGAUGCAUUCAUUGCAAGGGGCGAACACCAAAGAGUACGAUCUGUUUCCUUGCGUGGAAACCAUUUGACAGAGCUGCCAGAGGGACUUUUUCGCGAUCUUCUGCAACAGGAGGAGGACGAUUGGGGGUCUCCUGACAUUGACACUGUCGACCUGGCUGACAAUAGAAUCGCGACUCUUCCCCCAGGGUUGUUUCAAGCCGGUUCCUCCGGAGGAUUGUCUGUGAUACGCGAGUUGCAUUUGGAAGGAAAUGGUUUAACUACGCUUCCACCUGGAGUCUUUCAUGGGCUCACCUUUGCUUACAAGGGCAUCCUGGACAUGUCGCAGAACAAGUUGCAGACUUUUUAUGCACAGACCUUUUAUAGUCUCCAAUUUGGUCAGAGCGGCAUCCUGGACAUGUCGCAGAACCGACUGCAAGAAUUAUAUGCAGAAACCUUCCAUGGUCUCAGAUUUCAUACGGGCGGCAUCCUGAAUAUGUCCCUAAACAAGUUGCAGGUGUUGCAUGCAGACACCUUUCAUGGUCUCACCUUUUAUUCUCACGGCACCUUGGACAUGUCUCAGAACAAGUUGCAGACAUUGCCUCCCAAGGUCUUUGACGGUCUUGAGCUCGACCGACUUUAUCUACAAGACAAUGACUUGUCUCAGCUGCAUGCAGAGACCUUUCAAAAUCUCACCUUUGGUCAGGAAAGCAUCCUGGACAUGUCGCACAACAAGUUGCAAGAAUUGCCUCCAAAGGUCUUUGACACUCUUGAGCUCGACCGACUGUACCUACAAAACAACAAUAUUCUCCAACUACAUGCAGGAACCUUUCAAGGUCUCACCUUUGGUCGGUACUGUUACAGAUGCAUCCUAGACAUGUCGCAGAACAAGUUGCAGGAUUUGCCUCCAAAAGUCUUUGAGGGUCUUGAGCUCAACCGACUAUACCUACAACAAAACAAUCUUGUCCAACUACAUGCAGAGACCUUUCAAAAUCUCACCUUUGGUCGGGAAAGCAUCCUGGACAUGUCUCAGAACAAGUUGCAGGAAUUGCCUCCAAAGGUCUUUGACGGUUUGAAGCUUGGGCGUUUGGAGAUCCUCGACCUGGCGGAGAACAAGCUGUCCACGCUUCCGGAGAAGGUUUUUGAUGGUCUUUGGUAUCUUCGCAGCCUGGACCUGUCGGAGAACGAGUUGGUGACGCUCUCGUCAGGUGCAUUUUAUCUGCGCACGACUCUUCGUAGCCUGAGGCUGGAAGGCAACCGGCUCCGGAGCCUUGACGACAGACCCUUCUACUGGUUGUACUCCUUGGAAGAGCUGAACCUGGAGCAGAACCAGCUGACAGAUCUGGAUGAAGAUGUGUUUGAUGAUCACCGGUACGAGCGGAUCUUGUUGGAUCUCAAGCUGGGUGGCAACCGGCUCACAACGUUGCCCGGUGGCCUCUUCAAAGGUUUCAGGAAACUCCGAAAUCUGCAGCUGCAGAGCAAUCAGCUGGUGAGACUUCCGCCAAAGCUGUUUCAGAAUUUGAGCUCCUUGAAGCUGCUGAACUUGAGCCAAAAUGCCUUGGACGAUUUGCCUCCUGCUCUUUUCGAGGGACUGAACUUGUCAGUGAUCGACUUGAGUCACAACAAGCUGAGAACGCUGAAUGCUACGCAGUUCGACCUGGAGAACCUCACCACCUUGGACUUGCGCGGAAACCGCCUGACAGACUCCACGCGGCGGGAGCUGGCACGCCUCAAGGUGGAGCUCCAUGUGGAUAGAGGUGCUGUGCCCCAAAUUGCGGAGGGCCAAAAAGACGCCUUCAAAGGCUAUUCUGUCCCCGGGACCUCCUAUAGUGUGCCUUCGACCAACUACGAGGUGCCUCCCACGCAGAGCGUGGUGCCGGCCACCAACUAUGAGGCACCGGGCAGCAUCAUGGCCGCCAUGCCCCCCGGCAUGGGUGGCAUGGGUGGCUACUCGGCCCCAUCCACCAGAUACGACGUGCCUGGAAGCAAUGAUCGACCAGUCAUGACGUAUGCUGCACCUCUGCAGAGUGCUGAACUGACUCCGGCCAGUACUUUCGCAACAACUUUCUCCAGUACCACCAAUGAGGUUCCCUUCAUGAAAUAUGCUGCUCCAAUGGACCCGCUGCAUAGCUAUGGCUCGCCUGUCUCCAGCUUUCAGCCUCCGGCCACUCCGGAGCCCAUCUCCACUGGGGCCUUCCUGGCAACGCAUCCAGAACUGGCCACGUUGGACGGGACGGCCAGGGCGCUGUCGACGCCCGAGCCCCUGGCGGGUUAUAGCACACCACUAGCCACUACGCCGGCGCGAUGCUCGGAGACACCCACCACUUUGGUGGGGGCGACACCUCUGAUGGGCACUGCACCAGUGACACCUCGCAUGGUGAGCUUUGCCCCGCAGGCCACGCCCCCCGCGACGCUGGGGCUGCCGGGCCAAUCUCCAGGGCCGACGCCGGGGUCACCGGUGAGAUCAGUGAGGCAAGUGCCCAUGCCCAGCAAAGUGGUCAAGGAUACCAAGAACGCCAUGGUGACGCAACACCAUGCCAUGGUCAUGGCCAGCAAGGAACAGGGACAGCCCGAAUUUCUGACUUCGCGAACUCGGGAAGUGGAUGGCGCUGCACAGGUGACCCAAGAGCAUAAGCAACAGCUGGUGAACGGCGAAGUCCACGAGCAAGUUGUGGAAGUCCCUGACGUGCAAGUGCAGGAGAUCAUCCAGGAAAUCCCUGAAGUUCAGAUCGUUGAGAAGGUGGUGGAAGUUCCAAGGGUUCUAAAGCAACCUCUGGAGCACCUGGUUGAAGAGAUCAUCCACGUCCCCAAGGUGGUGGUUCACGAGAGGAUCCAACACCGCACCGUGGAGCAAUUCAUCGACAUCCCCGUGCCGCAGCCACAGGAGGAAAUCGUGCACGUGCCAGUGAAGGAAUAUCAAGAUCGGCAUCAUCAUGUGGAGGUGGAGCAGUUCGUUGAUAUCCCCGUGCCAGUGCAGCAAGAAGACGUGGUCCAAAUCCCGGUCGAACUGCCGCAGAAACGGGUCAUCCAGCAGUCCGUGGAACAGCUGAUUGAGGUGCCGGUCAGCAUCACCCAGGAGGAGAUCGUGCACGUGCCACGGGUGGUCUAUCAGCACCGGCACCACCACGCAGAGGUAGAACAGGUGGUAGACCUCCAUGUGCCACACCACAUCGAGGAGACGGUCUCGGUGCCCAAGGUGAUCCAGCAGGAAAGGUUGGUGCACCACACCGUGGAGCAACUCGUAGAGGUUCCUGUGCAAAUUCCCCAAGAGAAGAUUGUGCAGGUGCCCAAGAUCACCGUGCAGGAGCGGCAAAAUGUGGUCCAUGUGGAGCACGUGAUUGAGAUUCCAGUGCCCCAAACGGUGGAGGAAAUUGUUCAAGUUCCAAUCGUUCAAACUGAGGAGCGGCUGGUGCAGAACCCUGUGGAGAUCACAGUGGAGGUGCCUCGGCCGGUGAUCCUGGAAAAGACCAUCGAAGUCCCCAAGGUUCAAAUUGAAGAGACCAUUGUGAAGGUGCCAAAGAUCAUGCAGACGGUGCAGCACUUGACAGUUCAGGACCAGAUCCAGAAGAUCGAAGUGGUGAAGCCACAGAUCAUCCAACGCACGGUGCGACGGAAGAAACCCAUCAUCCAGGAGAACAUCACGGAAGUCCCUCAGAUCACCAUCGAACACGUGCCCGUGGAAAAGGUGGUGAAGAAACCGGUGGAUGUCCCUCAGAUCCAAUACGUGGACAAGAUCGUGGAGGUGCCGGUGCAAAAACAGCGCCACGUCCCGGUUAUCCAAAAGGUCCCGAAGAUCGUGGAGCUUCCGACCCUGGAAUACGUCGACCACGUGGUGCACGUGCCCAUCACGCAGCAUCGACAUGUUCCGGUGGUGCAAACGGUGAAGAAACACGUGGAAGUACCAGUGGUGAAGUACGAGGAUGAGAUCCUCCACGUGCCGGUGCAGAAACACGUGCACGUUCCCAUGGUCACCAAGGUGCCUAGGACUGUCGAGGUGGAACAGGUGGAAUAUGUGGACCACCACGUCCACAUUCCAGUCCAGACGCAUCGCCAUGUCACCGUGGAGAAACGCAUGCAGAGGACGGUGGAGGUGCCUCAGAUUGAGUACGUGGACAAGGUGGUGCCAGUGCCGGUCCAAAAACACGUGCACGUGCCUCAAGUCGCCGCGGUGGAACGACACGUGGAAGUGCCACAAAUCCAAUACGUGGACAAGGACUUGGAGGUGCCUGUCCCGGUACAUCACCACGUGCCGGUGCUGAGCAAGGUCUCGAAAGCUGUGGAGGUGCCGGUGAAGGAGACCAUCGAGAAAGUCAUCGAAGUUCCGGUGGUGAACCAGGUGGAUAUUCCUCAGGUCCAAACGGUUGAAAAGAUCGUGGAGGUUCCCAUGGUCCAAGAAGUUCAGAAGGUCGUAGAGGUCCCGGUGGUGGGCGACACGCUGCCGGGGCAGCAGCAGCGCAGCUGUGUCGACCUGCCGGUGCUGCGCCGUGAGGCGCCACCGGAGGUGCGGAUGGAGGUGGUGCAAGGCCCACCGAUGCCGCCGGAGUACGUCAAGGGCCUGGUGACUGCCGCGCCCAGCUCGGCUGCCUCCCACGCAGCGUCGACGCUGGGGGGACUGGCCACACCACCGAGGACGGGGUCCUUCAUGCCGCCGAUGAUGGGAUCCUUUGCACCACCCAUGGGUGACUGGGACACUUAG